AUGGGCCCCGUGGGCAAACAGAGCCCCUCAUCCCUGCCGGUCCCCGCUGGGGGUUCCUGCCUCAUCCUCCUCUUUUGCCUGCGCUUGGGCGCUUCCUGCCCACAGAGCUGCCAGUGCCCUGAGCAUGCUGGGGCCGUGGCCGUCCACUGCAGUGCUAGGGGCCUGCAGGAGAUCCCCAAGGACAUCCCCGCCAACGCUGUGCUCCUGAAGCUUGAUGCCAACAAGCUCACCCACGUCCCUAACGGAGCCUUCCAGCACCUGAACCAGCUGAGGGAGCUGGACUUGUCCCAGAACACCAUCGAGACCAUCGGCCCCGCUGCCUUCUCGGGCCUGGCCGGGGGCCUGCGGCUGCUGGACCUGUCCCAUAACCGCAUCCGCAGGAUUCCGAAGGAUGCCCUGGGCAAGCUCAGCGCCAAGAUCCGCCUGUCCCACAACCCCCUGCACUGCGAGUGUGCGCUGCAGGAGGCCCUGUGGGAGCUGAAGCUGGACCCCGAGUCCGUGGACGAGAUCGCCUGCCACACAGCCGCGCAGGAGGAGUUCGUGGGGAAGCCGCUGAUCCAGGCUCUGGACUCCGGGGUCAGCUUCUGCAGCACCCACCGCAAGACCACCGACGUGGCCAUGCUGGUCACCAUGUUCGGCUGGUUCGCCAUGGUGAUCACCUACGUCGUGUACUACGUGCGCCAGAACCAGGAGGAUGCCAGGAGGCACCUGGAGUACCUGAAGUCCCUGCCCAGCGCCCCCGUGUCCAAGGACCCCAUCAGCCCGGUGCCCUAG